AUGCAGCCCCCGGCCUCAGCCUACCAACGGCGCGGGCGGACUGCAGAGGGAACCACUCGCUCCAAUCCGCCCUUAGCAGCGGGACCGAGGUUGCCGCCCGCGGCGGAUGUGGAGUUGACUGACCUACAACCCAGCGAUGGACGCUCCAGCGGGAGUGCAACCUCUUCAGAUUCCUCCGGCGAGGAGGAUACUGAUCCAUGUGGAGCGUCAAAUGCCAGUCUUCCAUCUACAGUCCAGUCAGUUGGCGACAAGUCGCCUCUCGCCAGAUUUUGGUCGAAUCACGUUAGCAUGGUUGUUCAGCCUGAAGCUAGCCGAGACCACUUAGCUAUUGAGAGAACCUUUCUUGGAUAUUUUCGGACCUCUCUCGUCUUUGCUAUCAUGGGCACAACGAUAUCUCAGCUAUUCUUCCUAGCUCACCAAGAUGAAGGAUUCGGAUAUACGGAAAUUGGACGGCCGAUCGCGUCAGUAUGCUUCUGCUUCUCUAUAUUGACUGUUCUUCUUGGCGUUUGUCGGACCUGGAGGCACCAGCACUACGUAGCCAAGGGUAAAGCUCUAGCAGGCGGCUUUGAAGUGGCCAUUCUUGGCUUUGGAACAAUUAUUAUUGGAAUAGUGUUUCUAGGCCUGAUUUUGGGCGUUGGUAUUGCCAAAGCAGAAGUUGCAUAG